UCUUGUUUUCAACCGGUCUGCUUUAGCGGUUGUGCAAAUAUUAGCAGUAUCCAACAGUAGUCCGCUAGUAUUUUCUAAGUAGUGUCUAUUGUUGUGUUUACACCUAAGAUACCAUAUUUGUACUCAACAUUUCUAAGACUAUAUUUGGGUAAUACAUCUGUCUUAAGAUCAGUUUUCCUCAUGGUCUGACUCAGAGUUUGAACAAAGUUGCUUACUAACAUGGAUGACAGCAAACAGACCUGCUCUCCCGAGAGAUCUGUAGACCCCUCUCUCGUGUCAGAAGAUGGUAAAAAUGUGAAAGCAGUGUUGUGCCAGAGAUGUGGCUCCAAAGUGCUCUGCCCAGGCAUGGCACUGUUUGCAGAAAAGGAGCUGUUUCUGCCUGCAAUGAGAAAGAAAACCUCCAUUGGUCAGUCAGACGGGACGUUUGAUGGGGACACAUUGACCGCUCACUGGCUGGUUGAUGACAUGUACACAUUUGAGAAUGUGGGCUUUACAAAAGAUGUAGGUAAAGUGAAGUACCUUAUUUGUGCGGAUUGUGAGAUCGGACCCAUUGGUUGGCAUUGCCUGGAUGACAAGAAGAGCUUCUAUGUGGCAUUGGACAGGGUGAACCACGAAUAAAGCACCUACUUAAGUCACUGUUUGGAAAAUUCUAUGGUAUUCGACUACAUAACAGAAAUGGCUUUCAUAUUUUGUUCUUUUGGCAGAGUUCAGAUAAAUGUGGUUGGUUUUUGUA